UUCAUAUUCACAUAGUGAUUAAAAAGAGGAAUAAGAAAAAUGUUGAGGUCAUUCACAAGAAACUUCAAACUCAUUGUAGAAAAUGGUUCCAACUCCAAGCCAGUUAUCUCUACUCUCCUAUAUUCAACGUCUUCUUCAAGAAGGUUAGAAGGCAAAGUAGCAGUCAUAACAGGCGGAGCAAGCGGCCUAGGGAAGGCCACGGCGGAGGAAUUUGUAAAUCAUGGUGCUCAAGCCAUUAUUGUAGAUAUAGACGAGGAGGCUGGUCGUAUGGUAACUACCGAACUUGGCUCAGCGGCACAUUUCAUUAAAUGCGAUGUCACUGAGGAGGAACAAGUCGCUAGAGCCUUCGAAACCGUCAUGGCUCGCCAUGGGAAGCUUGACAUACUGCUCAAUAGCGCAGGAAUAUCGUGCUCCAUAUCACCACCAAGCAUAGCCGACCUAGACAUGGACAUUUACGACCAAGUGAUGCGUCUCAACGUACGAGGAACCGUCUUAGGGAUAAAGCAUGCGGCUCGAGCCAUGAUCCCCGCUGGCUCGGGCUCCAUCCUUUGCCUCUCUAGCAUCAGCGGCUUGAUGGGCGGUUUGGGCCCAUAUGCAUACUCAAUGUCUAAAUUCACAAUACCGGGUGUGGUCAAGACGGUUGCUGGUGAGCUGUGCAAGCAUGGCUUAAGGAUUAACUGUAUAUCACCUGCGAGCAUCCCAACGCCUCUAACGCUAAGGAUGUUUCGAGAAGCGUUGGCUGGUCACAACAUUCCGGAGGAACAUCUUAUGGCGAUUGUGAACGCGACGGGAGACUUAAAGGGAGAAAAGUGUGAAGAGAGAGACGUGGCUAAAGCGGCUUUGUAUUUGGCAUCUGAUGAUGCUAAGUUUGUGACGGGGCAUAACCUUGUUGUUGACGGUGGAUUUACAUGUUUCAAGUCUCUUAAUCUCCCUUUCCCGUAAUGUUCGGUCUAAUACUCUAAUUGAAGUAUUUUAUUUGUAUUCCAAUAUUGUUAAUCAA